AAUUAGUGUGGUGCCUUGGUCCGUGAUAACGAAACUAGAACAGGAAAUUCCCGCUGAUAUAUUAUAUAUGUAUCUUUCCUGCUAAUCGAAGCUAAUCUAAACCCUCAUUCAAUAACUAAGCAGCGUAAUAAUCAGUUCCUUAUAUCAAAGACCUGAUUUAGUUAUUCUCCAAUGGCGAAGAGACCUUCUAUUUGGAUUGAUAAAAUACAGAUAGAGAAUGUCAGCAAUUUCGAUAAAUUUGAAAUAAAAUUAAAACACUACUUAAAUGAACAACUUCGUGACGGAAACGUACGUUCUUUAAAAAAAGAAAACGAUUAUGUAAUCGCAACAUUUGACAGGAAAAUUGAUUAUAGUAUUCUCUUGACGUCUGUUAGAGCAAAUAACGCUCCAGAGGAGAUUGUUGUGAGGUCCAGGAAAAAUCUAUUUAUUCAACCUUACAGAAAAAAAUCCGAAGAUGAAUAUUGCAACAGCGAUUCAGAUAUGUCAACAACUUCUACAUCAAGUAGUAAAACACGGAAAAAUUUUAAGAACAAAAACCGUAAUUCUCCUAGAAACGAGAAUUUGUCAAUAGAUUUGAGUUUAUCACCGCAUCGGUUACAGUUAGCAAAACAGUUGCACGCUGAUAAGAUAGAAGGUGAUAAAAUAAUAAUAAAUGGACAAAACGCUUCUACGAUGAAGAUGGAUUUAUUGGACGCAUUAUCAAAAAUUGUAAAAAUACCAGCAAAUAUACCAGAUGAUUUAGAAUUAUCAAAUGAAGGUUUACACGGAUUACUUCGAAAAACCACCGAAAUUUCUUAUAUUGACACUGUUAUGAUCGACAUACACAAUAAUAUAAUUGCUUGGAAUAUGGAAGAUGUCAGAAAAUUUCAAGAUUAUAUUAAGGAGAAUAUCACAAGUGAAAAAUCAGAAAUAUCCGUUGAUCAUUGGGAGAAUAAUGAUAAACUUGAUGCAAAAAUAGCUUAUUUAAGAGAAAAGUAUAAAGUAUGCUUUUCAAAACUUGAUAAAUUCAUCUACGUUCACGGAUUAAAUGAUUCACCAAAAAUUGUAAGAAACGAGUUGGAGGAAUAUUGGAAACAAAAUGCUAAAGUUCAGAUAAUCUACAAAGUUGAAAACGAUUUAAAUUAUACAGUUUUAAAGAGAUAUUUCAAAGAUGAUAUUGGAGGUAUAUGUGAAAACUCUCCAAUAAAAUAUGUUGAUAAUCUUAAUGAAAUCCAAAUCAAUGGAAUCGGUUUGAAUGAAAAACAAAUAAAAAGUCAAUUAAAGCAAUUUUCUUCCAACCUAGCUGAAGAGAAACUAGAAAAGAGUUUCUAUGGUUUGAAAAACUAUCUCGGCUCCGAAAAAUUCAAAGCAAAUUUAACUUUAAUUGAAAAUAAUAACUGUUGUGUCAUUGAUACGGCUUCUGGUAAUUCGACUAGGGAGAUACCAUCAACAUCUGACAAUAGUGAACACCAAUGUGACGAUUCGGAUGGCAGUGAUAGCGAUGAAGAUGAUAGUGAUGAUGAAAGUAAUACUCCUACCGAAAAUCCUAAUAGAAAACAAAUUGAAAUUAUUGCCGAAAAAGGAAAUAUCGUCAAAUAUAAGGGAAAGGUUGAAUUGUUGAUUAAUAACAUUGCAAGUAAAGAUAAGAAUAUUCUUAAGGGUGGGAAACUAAGCGAAACUUUUGUUGCGGAAUUCCCUGAAUUAAAAGCUGUACCAAUGGUUGAUCACGAUGAUUAUAUUGCUUCAUCAAAGAUUAACGAAAUUACAAUCUGUCAUGCAAAUAUCACUAAAAUAGACAAAAGAGAUGCAAAAGCGAGCAUUCGUUAUUUGGGUAAUACUAUUAAAAGUAUUCUAGAAUUUGCCAAUAAAAUUGGAGCACAAACAAUAGCCCUUCCUCCUAUUGGCACUGGGAAAAUAUGUGGCUUUAGGGAAAGUGUAGUUGGUAAUACUAUACUUGGUAGGGGAAAGGAAUCAACCUCAAAUGCAAAAUCACAAUUACAACUCUAUUUGUCAAGAAUUUGUUAUACGGAAACUUUAGAAGAGUUCAAAGAAGUUCAAUGGACUGAUCUUAAGGAAAUUGAAGAUAAUUAUGUGAAAGCAAAGCUAGAUAGUAAUCGUGGUGUUUUAGUUAUAAGUGGAAUUGAAAACUAUGUUGAAAGAGCUUCAAUGAAAGCUCAAAAAAUCCUCAUGAAAGUUAAACAGAAAAUAUCUAAUGAAGCUUCUUCCUGGGAUGAAGCAGCGAAGAUAAAGGAUAAAGAUAAACGUUUAAAGAGAUAUGUUGAGCUAAAAGAUUGCAUACCAAGCAAUUGGAAGAAUUUUAAAAGUAACUCAGGCAUCUCAUCAUUGUUGUCAAGCGAUUAUUAUAAAGUGAAUAUAGAAAAGGAAGAUCCAGCCCACUUUAAAAAUAUGAAAGCGUUCGUUGAAAGUUUAUGGCAAUCAAAUUUAUACGGCCAUGGAAACGAUGCUAGAUCCAAUUCAAAGAGAAAAGCUGAGAUGAAAAUAAUGAAAAUUCAUAGAAUUGAAAACAAAAAAGUCUAUGAAAAAUUCACGGUCCAUCGUUCUAGUAUUAUUCAAGAUGCUAUUUCUGGACGAAUAACGGAAUACAAACCAAAUCCUGAGAUUCAAACUCGAAAAAGAACGGUAAAUGAUUUAAUUCCGGAAAUUAAUGAAUGUCUCUUGUUUCACGGGGCACAAAAAACAGUCAUAGAUAAAAUAAUUAAGGAAGGUUUUGACUCGAGAUGUUCAACCAAUAAAGGGUUAUAUGGAGAUGGGUUAUAUUUUGCUGAGGACCCAACGAAAGCUGAUCAAUAUGUGGGGGAUGACAGUAAAGGAAACAUCCUCUUAUGCAGAGUUGUGAUGGGGAAUGUGUUUACCGCUAAAAAAUCAAUGAGCAAUUCCAAACGUGGUCCUUGUUUGACAUGUCAGCACGAGGGAACUUGCUUGAAACAUGAAGGCUUCUAUGAUAGUGUCGUUGGUUCUGUUAAAGAUGGGGGAGUCUCUCUUCUUUUCAGAGAGUUUGUCAUUUACGAAAGUCAUCUAGCCUAUCCCGAAUAUGUUAUAUCGUAUGAUAAACCAUGA